AUGCCGUCCGAAGACAAGGAAAAUUACAACGCUGAGACGGCAAAGAUGGGCGAAUCUGAAUCCGACAGCUCCUCUGCUCACUCGCUCCCUGUUCCCGUUGUGAGACCUGAACCUGACCUUGAGAAGACGACAAGCAAAGCUUCCCAUCGCACUAGCAAAAGCGGUCGCUCUAAUCCCGACCAUGUCCCAGCAACGGCUCAAGAUUGGGACGGCGAAGACGACCCAGACAAUCCACUGAACUGGCCACUGCCUAUUAAAAUCUACCAUACCUUGGUCCCUGCACUACAGUGCUUCACAGUGACUUUUGGUUCCUCGGUCUACACCCCCAGCGUCCCGGAGGUUGCCCGCCACUUUGGCGUUAGCACUACCGCAGCAAUAGUCCCUUUGACUGUCUACGUGAUCGGUCUGGGAUUCGGCCCUGUCCUCAGUGCCCCGCUCUCAGAGACCUACGGACGUCGCGCAGUCUACUUAUCCUUCUUCCCACCGUCCCUCCUCAUGUCGCUCGGCGCGGGUUUCUCGAAAUCGUACGCCUCUCUUGUCGUCUGCCGCCUCCUCGCAGGCCUCCUAGGCUCGGGCUGCCUGGCCGUCGGGGCUGGCACCAAUUCCGACCUGUUCUCCCAUCUUCACCGAGCCGUUGCCAGCGCAGUGUUUUUGCUGGCACCAUUUCUGGGUCCCGCUUUGGGACCUACUUUGGGUGGAUUUGUUACCAUGAAGAAAGGCUGGCGAUGGACACAAUGGUUAAUCCUUUUCUGGGGUGUUAUCGCCUACGCUAUAUCGCUUCCGCAGAGGGAAACAUACAAGAAGAUUAUCUUGAAGGAACGUGCGCAGAAACUGGGUCUCCCGCCUCCACCAAAUCCGCUUCCUCCAGGGAUGUCGAAAUUUCGGUUCGUUCUCGUCGUUACUCUUCUGAGGCCGCUGCGGAUGUUGUUCACGGAAUCUAUCGUCGCAUUCUUCAGCAUUUACACUGCCUUUAACUUCAGCGUCCUGUUCGGGUUCUUUGCCGCCUUUCCCGUUGUGUUCCAGUCGCCUUACCCUGAGAUUCAGAUCUACCACUUCAACACCGGUGAGUCCGGGCUGGUCUUUCUGGGAAUCGGCCUGGGUGUUGCUUUGGCGACCCUGAUUUUCAUCUGGAUAGACCGCUUGAUAUACCGGAAGAAAACACUCAAAAGACGAUCACAGGGUGACUUUACACCCCUGGCCCCUGAGGAGAGACUUUGGGCGGCGAUGCUUGGCUCGUUCCUUCUGCCGAUUGGGUUGUUCUGGUUCGCAUGGACUGCCAAGAGAGAAAUACACUGGAUCUCGCCGGUGAUUGCAACGAUUCCAUUUGGGAUCGGCAAUCUGCUAGUUUUCUGCUCUUGCGUCUUAUAUCUCAUCGACACAUACGGGCCGUUGACGGGUGCGAGCGCCGCCGCGGCGAACGGGUUUUUGAGAUACGUCAUUGGGGCGGUGUUCCCGUUAUUUACGGUGCAGAUGUACCGCGGUAUGGGCGUCGCUUGGGCGACCAGCCUCAUGGGAUUUGUCACUAUUGCUUUGCUACCCAUACCUUGGGUCCUGUACAAGUAUGGGCCGAAGAUCCGACAGCGGAGCGCAUACACACUGGCGUCGUAG